AUGGAGCAACCGGAGACAACAUCUGCCCCUGGGACGUCCUUGACGUCAGAAGGAGCAGAGGCUCCACUGUCGGCGAGCGCGCCCUCGGUUUCUGCCACAGAGGGAUCUACGCCGGCUUCGGACCUUGCGCAGACAUCCAUAGGGGCUCCAGUGUCUCUGUCCGCCCCACCUGCCGGCGGCUUACAAGCGGCGGAGACGUCGUCGGCUUCCGCAGCCGGUGUCCGCCCCCCUGGUUCUGACAAAGUAGAUGCCUCGAUGGACCCUGGAGCCGUCUCGUCCUCUUUUCCUCUUUUGGACGGCAGCAUUCACGGGCUGGACUGCGCGCGCGGCGAGCUUCUUCUUACCGAGGCGGAAGCGCGAGCGCUGGAGGAACGCUUGGCGGCUGAGUGGACCAAACAGACGCCGCAGGAGGAGGGCAGUGAGGCGAGGGAUCCCACCAGUUUUCGAACGCAGUGGCGUUUUCAGCCGGCUGUGGCGACGGAGGCGUUUCGGGGAGCAGGCGCCAAAAAGGCGCGCAAGGGCGCAGGCAGCUCAUCGCGUCGCGGCCUGAACGCUCUCUCUGGGCUCCUCGAGAGCGCGGGGCUGAAGCUGGAGCCGACAGAGCUGAGCGCCUCGGGUCGACCUCAGCGUGCGUCGCGCUCCACUGCAGCAGCGGCUGCCGCUCCCUCCGGGACGAGUGCGGCCGCGGAGCAGCCUGCGUCGCAGUCUUCUCAGGCCGCGCCGCCUUCGUCUGCGUCGCAGGACGCUUCAAGCCGGCGCGGAGGAGGCGCGAAAGAUCCGCAGACGGGCUCUCAGCAGGCCUGGGUGCCGUCUCCGUGGGUCUGCUGGAUGCACGAAGUUCUCGUGGAGCUCUGCAAGCAGCCAGUCUGUUUGCCUUUCUUCCCGCGCGUCUCGCCUCGCGACGCACACUACCCGGAGCUUGCGCGGAAGGUGUAUCCGGCCGUGCCUAUCACGCUGGAGAGUGUCUUGGACCGCCUGGAGCGAAACGAAUAUACCUGCACCGAGGAGGUCUUCAACGACGUAUACACAGUCUUCCUCUGCGCAUUCCGGUACUACGAGCCGGGAAACCAGUACUGGAUGAUGGCCCAAGAGGCCUCGAUCGUCUUCCAAGCUCUCACGCAGAACAAGCCGCUCUUGUCGUGCGACUUCGACGCCGCCGUCGCUGCCGCCGUCAACCCCUCCAGCGCGUCGGCCGCCGCGGGCGCCGCGGCAGCCAGCGCGAGAGCCGGCGUGGCUGUCCCCAGUCUUCCGCCAGCCUCUGCGAGUGCGCAGUCCACUCUGGGCAAGCAGACAGCGAGCCGAGCAGAGAGGAAGGGGAAGGGUGGACGAGAAGCUGGCAAAGCGGGAAAAGGCGCGGCGCGCGGAAGACCGGCACUGCAGGCUGCCGCAGGCACCCCAAACGGAGACUGGGGAUCCGCGGAUGCAGCGACGGCAGUGCCCGGCGCGCCUGCGCUUCCACCGGGUGCCGGAGUGUCCGCGGCCGCGAUGGGCGUCGUGACGGCGCAAGAGCGCGAGGCUUUCCAACAAAUCCUUGGGCAGCUGGACAUGGAAGUGCACCUAGAGCUGUACAGCGUCUUCAAAGAUCGCGCGAUGUGGCUCUCGUUCGGUACCGGAGAAGUAGAACUCGACGACGCUAGUACUGCGCCAGUGGUUUUCCGGGAAAUGGUUGCGUGGUGCCGCGGCCGUCUAGCGGAGCAGCAGCAGCGGCAAGCUGCUGCUGCCUCGCAGCAUCCUCAUGCGCCAAACGCACCGCCACCCGCAGGGCACUCAGCCCCCGCAGCGCCGGUGAUGGGACCGGGUUCUGGGAUCCGGGCGGCGUAUGCCGGCAUCCCUCUGGGCGCGAGUGACCCCGCGGGUGGGUCUCUGCACCCUGCCGCAACAAAGAGGCCGGCAACGAACGGCGACGCGGGAGCUCCGGCGCCCUCUCCGUCUCCCUCCAAGAAACUCCGAAGCUCGCUCGCAGACAGCGCGAGCUCGAGCUCGUCAGACGCUCCCAGCCUGGAUUCAUCGACGCUGCUGUCCCUACCCCCCUCUGUGCCUGCAGACGCGAGCGACGACGACUAUUGA